CCGUGCGCGCCGCCCCGCGCGCCCGCGCCCCAACCGCCACCGCGCCCACCCGGCCGGCCCCGUGCUGCGCGCGGCCUUGCCUAAUGAGGGCUCGGGGCGCGCGGGGUCCCACACACGUGGCUCAAGGACACCCCAGUGGCCACUCGGGCGCGCAGGGACCCCCCACAGACAGCUGGGGCGCGUCCGAGGACACGUUCCUAAGUGGGGUCGUCGCCACGUUAGUUCUUGGUCCUGAGGAGCUCGGGCGCGAGGAGACUCCCCCCACAUGGUGGGCUCAGGGGCACGGGGACACUGAGUGGACUCGGGGCUCCGUCUCGGUUCCAGUCCCGCUCGGGCGCGCGACCCGGGGAGCAGCGGCGUCCCAGGACUCCGCGAGGCAGGAUCUGGAGGGGCGAAACGGCAGCGUCGCGCGGGUCGCCCCCGCCGCACGCGCCCGGGAGCCGCGUUCUCCAUCCCGCACGCGUCGUUCCCCCCGCACCGCCCCGGAACCAACCUGCCGGUCUCGGUGCCAGAGCGUCGGAGCGCCUGGAGGAGGCGGACUCGCGCCGGAAGUGACGCGCUCUCUGCCCGCCGCCGCCGCCGCCGCCGCCAUGGCGCACAUCACCAUUAACCAGUACCUGCAGCAGGUGUAUGAAGCAAUUGACACCAGAGAUGGCGCAUCUUGUGCAGAGUUGGUGUCUUUCAAGCACCCUCAUGUUGCAAACCCACGGCUGCAGAUGGCCUCUCCAGAAGAGAAAUGUCAGCAAGUUUUGGAACCCCCUUAUGAUGAAAUGUUUGCAGCUCAUUUAAGGUGCACCUAUGCGGUGGGGAACCAUGACUUCAUAGAAGCUUACAAAUGCCAGACGGUGAUAGUCCAAUCAUUCCUGCGGGCGUUUCAGGCCCACAAAGAAGAAAACUGGGCCUUGCCUGUCAUGUAUGCAGUAGCACUUGACCUUCGAGUAUUUGCCAACAAUGCAGAUCAGCAGUUGGUAAAGAAAGGAAAGAGCAAAGUCGGGGACAUGCUGGAAAAAGCUGCUGAGUUGCUGAUGAGCUGCUUCCGCGUCUGUGCCAGUGACACGUGAGUGAAGGUCUUGAGAACCUUGCUGUGCCUGCCCCAUGAUGGAUAUAACUGUUCUUUGUGUUGUAAAAGAAAUGAGAGAAAGGCACAUUUUAACACUUACCGAGCACUCAGUUUCUGGCAUGUGCCUGCUGUGCAAGUCAGUUCCUCUGGGGCCAGGCCUCUGGGUUUGGGGCUCUCCCUGCAGUCCGCUGUAGCACAGGUCUACUGCCAAUGAACUCCAUGCUCCUCUUUGCUUGUCUUCAUUUUUUAAGACACUUGUGCCAAGUGGAAACUUGUGGAUGGGCCAUUUUUCCCUGGCAGCCCUUUACAGUGUCCCUGGCUUGAUUCCUUGGUUGCAACAGCCAGCCGUCACCCUCACUGUCACUCUCACCAUUGGUUCCCUGUCUUCAGUUGGCUUUUUUCCUCACCAGCCACUUCCAUAACUGCUCAGCUCUGUCCAGUUGGUUUUCUGUUCCCCUGAUUACAGU